CGCAAGAUAACCUCAUCGGUGCACGAUAAUUCAAUCGCUCUCUCUCUAUUCUUCACCACCAGAACCUCACUGAAAGCUCAAAGCACGGCAUUUUGGCUCUCUACCUUCUCUCUCUCUAAGGAAUCAACAAUGGAGUCACGAGUGUUGUCCGGCGCCGCCACCAUCACCGCCGGCAUCCCCCGGCCGCGAAGGCCCGUGAGGCUGAGCUCAGCAGCCUGCUGCGCCGUCGCCGACGGCUCCGGCGGCAACCUCAUUUGGGGGAGGCAGCUCCGGCCUGCUAUACUGCUUGAGAGCGCUUAUCCGGUGGCCGCCAACUUGCCCGUCACCAAGCGCGAGAUUCUCCGGCCGUGCCUGGCCGCAGCAUCAUCGCCGGCCGAGGACAGCGAUUCCGCCGGGGAUGCUAAGGUCGCUCCGGUCGGCUUCUUCAACAAGUACCCGGCGCUGGUCACCGGCUUCUUCUUCUUCAUGUGGUACUUUCUUAAUGUGAUUUUCAACAUACUCAACAAGAAGAUCUACAAUUAUUUUCCUUACCCCUAUUUUGUGUCAGUCAUACAUUUGUUCGUUGGUGUGGUGUAUUGUCUGGUGAGCUGGACUGUUGGCCUUCCUAAGCGCGCUCCAAUUGACUCGAACCUCCUGAAGCUGCUUGUUCCUGUUGCCGUAUGUCAUGCCCUGGGCCACGUGACGAGCAAUGUCUCAUUUGCAGCUGUUGCUGUUUCCUUCACUCACACAAUAAAAGCUCUGGAGCCUUUCUUCAAUGCUGCUGCAACUCAAUUUGUACUUGGACAGCAAAUACCCUUUACCUUGUGGCUAUCAUUGGCUCCCGUUGUUAUUGGAGUUUCAAUGGCUUCAUUGACUGAGCUGUCUUUCAAUUGGACGGGAUUCAUCAGUGCAAUGAUUUCCAACAUUUCCUUCACCUACAGAAGCAUAUACUCGAAAAAGGCCAUGACUGAUAUGGACAGCACUAAUAUUUAUGCUUACAUUUCCAUUAUUGCACUCUUCGUCUGUAUUCCGCCUGCCAUUUUUUUGGAGGGACCUCAACUUAUGAAGCAUGGGUUUAGUGAUGCAAUUACUAAAGUAGGUCUAACAAAGUUCAUUUCAGAUUUAUUUUGGGUGGGAAUGUUUUACCACCUAUACAAUCAGUUAGCGACCAACACCCUGGAGAGGGUGGCACCUCUUACACAUGCAGUAGGAAAUGUGCUGAAGCGUGUGUUUGUGAUUGGCUUCUCAAUUAUAGCAUUUGGUAACAAGAUUUCAACACAAACUGGCAUAUGCAUUGCAAUUGCUGGACUGGCAUGCAAUUUCUCUUCAUUUAAGGCCAAGAUGGAAGAGGAGAAAAGAGUAAGUUCUAUUUUCAUUUGUAAUCAAUUUUAUCUAGAUUCAUUUUAAAUGCAAAACAAGGGUGGUAUGUUCAAUUGAAGUUGUAAUAUUCCGAACAGCACCCUGUUCCAUUAAUACUCAUCUUAAUGGCCAUUGACCCCCAUCCCAUAACCAAGCAAUAUAGAAAACAGGUCUUAUCGCUCAAUUUAAUCCAUCUGUCUGCUUUCGGUUGCGGGAUAAGAGCUUUCAUUUUUAGGUUCAUUGCCAUCCAUUUUGCCAUAAGGAUGGUUAAGAGUAAUCUGAGAACUUGUUUGUUUGACAUUAUAUUAAUCACAACGAAUCAUAUCAUUUCAGUUCCCUUUUUGAAUUUCUGAGGAUGAAUUGGGAAAAUGGGAAAUAAGGAAGGGGGAAAAGAAGGAAAAUACAAGUUCCUUUCACGGAUUAAGUCGGAUGUUUUCUUGGAAAUAAGCCCUAUGUCUUAGCAAAUCUAUACAAAAUGAGCAGAACUUAGCUGAAAUUGAUUCAAUCCGUCUUCUCUACCUUUCGUUUCUCCUCUUAGAAAUGUAUCAAUUUGUUUACCUUGUCUUAAACUUUUUUGUUUUGGUUAUUUUUGGCUUCAAAUGUAAGCGGCAUGAGAGAAUGUGCAUUCAUUUGUUGACUGCAAAUAAUGUCUCACUUGUGUUCCUCAUGACCAGCUCCGAUGAUCGCAAAGCGAAGUUAGUGAACAUAUUUCUCAAUAAAGUAAGUGAAUAGAGGAGUAUUAUUUGUGCAGGGGAUUAGGGCCCCUUUGGGCUUUGGCUACUCAAUUUAUGUUUAUCCUGUGCAUCUUUUCAUGCCUCAAAAUUAUCUAUUUACUCAUUUCCCAGUUAGCUAACAAGAAUUGAACGGAUAUGGAAAGCCCUGACCUUCAGCCGCUUGCAUUGCCCUUACAAACAAACUUGAAAGAGGGAUCAAGCAGCAGCUCCAAACGGUUGCAUGCGGCGGUCAGCUACCUUUUUAUUGUACAAUUUUCGGCGGCAUAGCCUCAUCUAGUAGCAAAGUUUAGGACAUGUAGUUGUUGUUGCCCUGUCUAGUAAAUCGACUAAUGCGUGUCUACGUCAAAGAUGUCCUCAGGAUUGCCAUGUUCCUGCCAGAAGGAUGAAAAUGUAGCAUCAAUCACAUCGUAAAGGUUGGCCAACCAUUGGAGCAAUUCAAGAGGGGGCAAAUCCAUGAACUGUCUUCAAGCACGAUGAGUGUAAUGCUUCACUGUAAGCUGUAUAAUAGUUGCGGGUGAGUUCUAGCGAAAGGGUAAAAUUGUUCUUGAUGGUAGCAACGUUUGUUAGAACUUUUUUGUCAAAAUUUUAUUUGUAUGGAUUUGUUUGGUUGAAUAAAUAACUAUACAAAUGUAUAGCAGAAAUUUGAUUUAUGCAAAGCUACUGUUAAUUUCUUUUGUAAUUUUUUUGAAAACUUUAUUUUUACAGAAAAAACUCAAAUAUUUGUAGAUAAUAAUAAUAAUUUUUUAAUAUAAAAUAAAACAUUUGCUAAAAGAUAAAUUGUUUAUACAUUUUAUUAUUUCUCUAUUGUUUUUUUUUUCUUUUUUUUUUGUAUUUACUAAUGACAUUUUAUUAUUUGUCACAUGGAUAAUAGGACGUAUGACUUAGUUUUCGCAUGUCUACUAAUGGAGAUUUUGUGAUAACCAUAGGAUAUCAAUAAUUACAGUGUUUUUAUUAGUAACAUGAAAGGUUGGUGUAUUUUAUGUUUGUACAAAAGACCUUUUGUGGUAUCAUUGAAUUUUUUGUAACUGAAAAAAAAAGAAAGGUCUGAUGAGAUUAUUGGAAAAAAAAAAUUGAAAACACAUUUGAAAUUAAAAUAUCUUUCUUCAUAAUUUGCCCAAAUGCAUGAUAACUAAAAUGGCAUUACAAGACUUAUUACAAACUUUAAUUUCAAUAGGCAAGCCUGUUUUUAGAUGAAUUAAUUGGAUUUAUUUAUUAUACUCAGAUAAUAUGAUUUAAGUUUCAUUUGGUUUAGAUGAUUUUAAAUGUUUUAUUGAAUAAUAAUUUAUAACAUGAUGUAUGUAAUGUACUACUAGCCUCAAGCGGGCAUGAGAAAGUGGCCUGGUGGGUUGGACUUUGGACUUCCAAACGAGGAAGUGGCCCAAAUCGUCCGUAACCAUGGCCUGGGACCCACCAUAAACACAAACCAGAAUCUAAGAACCGGAUGUGGACCGACAGAUUCCAAACUAACAAACACAAGAUUUUAGAAUUGGAAUCAUCCUAUCCCAGAAACACAGUAAACUUUAUCAACCCUUAAAAAAAAAAAAAGGUUUGGGGGGGGGGGGGGGG